AUGGACAUCUUCACGAAACCACCCCGUGACUGGGGCGAUGCAUUCGAGCUGCUGCGCGUCGCCCAGCGCCUGAGACCAAGCACGAUUUGCUUUCAGCACAACUUGCUCCUUGCUUCUCUGGCUACUUCUCGGAGCUGGAAUGUGGCGGCUGCCAUCUGUGCCAGAAUCCGGCGUCAAGGCAAUGCGGACAUGGUGACAUUUAACUCUCUGUUGAGAGCGUGCUGCGCUUCAUGGACUCUGGUCCUUAGCAUCCUGCAGCUGUCGGCCUCCAUGGGGUUGCGCAGCGAUCCCGUCACUCAGAGCACGAUCCUUGGAUCGUGCAGCAUUUCGGCAUGGCGUCACGGAGAGUUGUUGUUGUCCAGUGCAAUCCGUCAGCGACUGCAAAGCAACGUUAUCUGCGAGAGUGCACGUAUUCGAGGCAGCUCCCACUGGAGAAGUGUCUUGACAAUACAUGCGAGAAUGCACAUGGCGUACAUUCAGACCGACCAGAUCAACAUAAACUCCGUGGUCACUUCGUGUGGUGGGGCGUGGCUCCAAGCGCAGAGUUUGCUUUCCAGCACUACCUUGAGAGGGGAUCGGGAGACACACAAUGCUGUUGCACGUGUGUUUGGUAAGGCCACUGUGUGGGAACGGUCUCUCUGUUGUUUGAACCAUGCCCUCUCGAAGUCGUUGCGCUUGGACGCUUACUCUGCUACGUCGCUCCUCACACAGCGCGCCGCCAGUUCCUGCCGAACACAUGUGCUACAGUGGAAAGUGCCUUUGUUGGUAUUCUCUGACUUGGUGCGCUGUGGGCUAGUAUCGAACCUGAUUUCCUGGAGUGCAGCCGUCAGUUUCAGUGAGCCAGCUGGAUGGAGGAGGUGCCUGGACCACUUUCUACAAGGAUGCCAAGCUCGCCAGCUCCGCAACUCGGUUGUCGAGAUCAGUGUUGCGGCCUCUGUGGAAGCGCACUGGCGGCAAGCCCUAAGUUUUUGCAGACAUGCGGUACCGAACGCAGAAACUUGGACUUGCUUGGCUCGAGCGUGCGCACAGUCUGCGUGGAACAUGGCUUUGUUGUUGCAUUCGGCUUUGGCUUGCAAUAGUGCGGAGGUGGACCGAGUCUACUGCAACGCUUUGAUAGCCUCUGCGAGCCCAACAAGUUGGCAACUACGGCUAGCGUUGCUUGAGAUGACGGGCGGUACCGUCACGCGACCUGAUCACCAUGCGUAUGGUUCUUUGACAGCUGGGGCAGAAGCUGGCGAGUGGUGCGAAGCCAUGGAGCUUCUGCAGCUCGCUGCAGGCAGAGGUUUGCUGCUGAAUGCGGUCAUGAUCUCUUCACUUCAGGUGGCCUGCCUGCGCGGCAUGAAUUGGAAGCAACCGAUCGCUAUGAUGAUGCAAGCCCAAGCGGUCAAAGCGGACGAAAACCCUGUAGUAUGUGCGACCGCGAUUGGUGCAUGCGGCAAAUGCGGCAAGUGGAGACAGCAGCUGGCCUUGCUCUCUGACUUGACAUUAGCCCGUCUGCAAACUGAUGAGACGCUGUAUGCCGAUUUUAGUCACUUGGAAACAAGAUCUUGGCGCACUGCACUUGUCGCCGCAAAAAUGUGGCAAGCAAAAUUCCCGAUGGAUGAUUCACUGAGCACAAUUUGUACGGCAUGUUCCACGAGCAGCAGCUGGGAGCUCAUGGUUUUCUUGAUCGAGAAAGCACCUGGUUCGGGCUUUUUCAGAUCCCGUGCUUCCGUGCUGCGGGAAAGCCACAUCAUUCAGAAUCCCCGCGUGCUCCUUCACAUGCUCGACAGAGCAUGUGAAGAGUGCUUGGCGUUGUUUCGAAAGAUUGGGAAUGAGUUUUCCCAAUUAUCUGGCGGAGGUUGGAGCUCCGUAGUGAUUGUCAGAAAGGCUGACGACACAAUGAGUAGUCAGCGCAACCAGAAAGCAGACCGCCGCAGACGAAGCGGAGGAGCAGGAGAGAUGCUUCAAAACCCUGUGCGAAGCUACAACGAGGCAAUUUCGUCUUCUAUGUUUCAGCUCUUGUCGGAAGCCCCUCGUUGGAGCCCUAUUGGUCAACUUGUUUCAGAUAUUGCAGCUUACUUCAUGUUUGAGGAACUGACCGGACUAGGUGUUUCAGUAGUGGGCGGUUGGACAGACAAGGUAGGCGGUCUACAGCUGGUUCGGGAUGUGAUACUUAGAUUGACUUACGUUUUGGAGGUGCAACCCCAAGCUUGGACGACCAAUGCCUGGAGCUUAGCCCUGCAGAGAGUCGUGGCAGUCGAGUUGGCGUCACUAGUGGAUCUGUCCAAGGUUCAGCCCGGCUCCAUCUUCUGCUGCUCCGACACCGACUUUGAGCGGUACCGGGCAAUCCCACCUUCUCAGGUGCGAAAGGUUUUUGUGGGUGGCAUCCCGCAAGAUUUCACGCAAGAUGAUUUAUGCGAACUGUUCAGCCAGUUCGGGGCGGUGACGAAGGCUUGGCUGCAGCGUCACCGCCAAAAUGACAACGACUUUGGACAUGCAUCUGCGCAGCGUUCGCCCAGCCAUCGCGGCUUUGGAUUCGUCAUAUUCCAAGAUGCCAGCAUGGUCGAUGAACUUCUUGGUGCAGAAUCUUCUUGCUACUUGGAAAUCAAGGACGGGCGGCGAAUUGAGGUGAAGCGUGCCAAAAGCAGCAACGACAUCAUCGGAGAGAGGCAGGCGCCGCAUCCAGAAGCGUCGAAGCAGGCUUGGAGCCUGCAGCAGACCAGGAAUGACCAACAACAUGGGUCCCAGCCGCAACCGGUGCAACGGCCAGUUCAGAGUUCCCAAUUCGUCCCAUGUGCAAGCUUGACCUGUGGCACAGUUCCAGCUGGCGGCUGGUCGCCCAUGGUUUGGACGGGCUCUGUGGCAACAGGCACGGUACCGCCGGCCUGGGGAGGGAACAACCAGGCUGUGCCUGUCGACACUGUGCAGAGCUCACGCAACUCACAAGCAUGGCCGCAGCGCGCAGAGCCUGCACCGACAGUGCGAAAUGCUCCCGCUGCACCGCAAAUGAUUUGCCAACAGGUGCCACCGUUCUCGUUUCCACAUUGGGCGGGCGGUGCGCAGUCGGAGGAAGAGAAGCAGAAACUGGUGCAGCUGCUGCAAGCUGCUGCGCCAGCGUAUUACGCGGAUUGA